UGUAGUUUAGUAGCAAGAAUUUCACGUUGUAGCCGUAGAGGCCUACGUUCAAAUCUGGACAGCCACACAAAACAUUUUUCAUUAUUUGCAUAUCGUUAAACGACACGUCGCAAGCUCUUCAGAUUACGUGCGCAACGCUAGCCGCUAGUUUUGUUGGUCUCGACUCUUGACCUUUGCUAGUCUCCUGGAUCUCAGCUGCUCUGCGCGCUACCAUGUUUGAUGAUCAAGACUUGGGCUUCUUUGCCAAUUUUCUUGGCAUCUUUAUUUUUGUAUUGGUAAUAGCAUACCAUUAUGUGAUGGCUGAUCCUAAAUAUGAUGGAAACUAAGUUCCUACGAUUGGUUUGGCCAAUGCCCACGCAUUCUCCUAUGCCUUGGAAAAUUGGUUUUAUGAUCCAAGGGAGAAGAAGUGAGAACCUAAAGUCCACAAAUUUCUUGAAAUUGAAGGAACACGGGAUUCCAUAAACUGAUCCUAUCGCUGUCCCUUGUGCUCGAACAUUUACAACUACAAAUGUAGUUGCAAAUGUGGGUUGUCUUCCUUUUGCAAAACUAAUGGCAAAGGUGAGUCAUAUGGGUCAAAUAAUUCAACUUUUUGAAUGAGUA